UCAACCAUCCAUCCAUUCAACCGAGACACGGAGAGAGUCACCGAGUCUGGGACCGGGUGCAGUGGGGGAGCUCUCCUUCCGCUGAUGAACGUCUCCUAGCGGCAGUCGAAACCAACGGCAGUGAUCCGUCGGAGAAGCCUGCGAUCCCGCUCUCACGUCCGUCGAUCCAUCCCUCCCCUACCGAUCUCUCUCUUCUCCGUCCCUUUCUCUCCUCCCACUUUAACCCUUCGAGGGUCCCAUGGCGGAGUCCGGCGCUCCGGGGACGCCGGAGAGCGGGCAUUCCGGCGAGCACGGUGGGCCUCCGGGAGGCGGGGGCGGUGGCGGCGCGAGGGAGCAGGAUCGGUUCCUUCCGAUCGCCAACAUCGGGAGGAUCAUGAGGAAGGCGAUACCGGAGAACGGCAAGAUCGCCAAGGACGCUAAGGAGUCCGUCCAGGAAUGCGUCUCCGAGUUCAUCAGCUUCAUCACCAGCGAGGCGAGUGAUAAGUGCCAGAGGGAGAAGAGGAAGACGAUCAAUGGAGAUGAUCUGCUGUGGGCGAUGGGGACGCUGGGCUUUGAGGAUUACGUGGAGCCACUCAAGCUCUAUCUGCAGCUCUAUAGAGAGAUGGAGGGGGACAGCAGGGGUUCACGUUCUGCAGAUCAAUCUGGAAAGAAAGAUGGUGCAAUUAAUGGGGAUCCUGGGGCUUCGGUAGUGUAAAGCUAUUUAGCAUUGGAUUUGCUGGAUGCAGGGGAAUGAUAGUUCAUUAUGCUGUUCCAUACAUGUUUCCGGCACUAAGGAUAGUUUAUUGAUUCUAGCUGCUGCUUAUACUUCUCUCUAGUUUCCUGUUUUAUCUUACCUGGUCAUCUUAAUGGUGACUUGUCAGUGUCUGGUCCCAGCUGGUUUCCUGGCUGUGGUCUGAUGGGUUUUAAUAUCAGCGUACAACUUGAUCUUAACUUUGUUAGUUCCAAAACCUUUGGAUAAGGGUGGGUGGGGUGAGGCUAACUGACUUAUCUUCUCCACCGUUCUCAUCUGACCAAAUUUCUCAGAGCAGACUGUUAUGACAACUGGAGCUUAGAUUUCACAAUUUCCUGGAAGAAUUGAAGCCACAGUUGUGCUGAAUGAUAAAUGUUAUUGCAGUAUACGUCCAAGAGUGAUUUGGAUUUUCUAGAAUGUCAUUAGAAUUCUGCAAAUGUCUAUUAUUACGGUCUAAAUUACUAUUGGAUGCAGAUUUUCUGAUUCAGUGCCUAGUUUCUUUUCAUUUAGCAGGGAAACAAACUAAUCAGAACAUCAGAAUGAAGACAGCAAGAGUUUCCGCUGCAAUUAAGUUUUCAAACUCAUUUUGGGAUUUGCUGCUUUGCUUUUAUGGUAAAUCUUUUGCUGCAGGAGUUCAGUGACAAAUGCUAGAACAAGAAAGGUGCUUAAAUUUAGGUCUAGCAGCUAUUUGUUUUUCCAAGCAUGGUUUACGUUGAAAUUUUUCAGUUCGCAGUUUAUGAAAGUCACUUGCCUGUGUAUGUAUGAAUUUGAGCUGAAAAUGGAUUGAAUGCAGAUCAGAUAUCAGUA